AUGCCCAGUGUUGCCCUUGCUCUGGUAAUUGAAUUUGCCCACAAGGAGAGAAGUUCAGGCCUAUCAAAUGGAAGAGAAGGCAGUGAAGCUGACUUCUCCAUGAUCACACUUAGGCCCUUGGAGCUUUCUGACAUUGAUGAUUUCAUGGUGUGGGCUACAGAUGAGAAAGUGCCUCGUUUCUGCACUUGGGAACCUUAUGCUAGCAAAGAAGAAGGCCUAAACUUCAUCAAAAAUGUUGUUCUUCCCCACCCCUGGUUCAUGGCAAUCUGCCUUGAAAACAGGCCUAUUGGUGCCAUUUCGGUGACCUCGAAUUCGGGCACCAGUCGGUGCAGAGGAGAACUUGGCUAUGUUUUAGGGUCCAGGUACUGGGGCAAGGGGAUUGUAACACAGGCUGUGAAAUUGGUGGCUGAUAUUAUAUUCAAAGAGUGGACACAUUUGGAGAGGCUUGUAGCUCUUGUUGAUGUGGAAAAUGUGGCAUCUCAGAGGGUGCUUGAGAAGGCAGGGUUUCAGAGGGAAGGUGUUCUGAGGAAGUACUUUAUUUUGAAGGGAAGAAGUAGGGAUAUGGUGAUGUUCGGCCUUCUUUCUACAGAUUGGCAAACUUGAUGCAUUUGUAAUUUGUAAACCCAGUAAAGGCAACAAGAACAUUAAUUAUGUAUUGAUUUUAUCUAUUUUUCAUGAUUUUUGUUUGAAUUUUGAGAUCAAUGGGAUACUGUUAAAUUUAAUACA